UCAUAAAUCCGUCUUUCAAAGCAUUUUCUAUCUUUUAGUUUGUUCCCAUAUUUAAUAAUCAUUUACUCUUUCUUCCAUGCAUGAAUCUUCUAAUUUCAUAAAGCAUUUUUUCUACAUUUUUAUUUGGUGAAUAUAUACAACCUAAAAUAUAUGGCAACUACGAGAGGAAAACUUGGUAGCAGUACUCUUGGGAAGGAGAAGAGGACUGCAGUCUCUUCAAAUUCUCGAACCGCCUCUGCUGCUGCUGCCGCCGCCGCCACCACCACCACCAAAAGUCGUGCCAAUACAGCCACUACUACAAGUUCUACACAUCAUAAAGCUGCUUCUUCGUCUACAACUGAUAAAAAACAAGUCCCAAGCUACCUCAAGCCUACAACGAGCACACGCAGCGAGUCUUUCAAGUACGUGAUCAAGAAAUCUGGCCCUGAAGACACCCAACAGAAGGCCACUCCCACUUACAUCAGAAGAAGAUCCUUUGACAAGCCACAAUCGGAUUCCAGACUGCGUAGUGCACUUGUCUCCCCGGGCCCUCGAGUCAGAAAUCUAACCGUUCGUUCUACUUCUUUUUCACCUAGAAGCACUGCCACUUCUCUGGAACCCCCCGGGGAGAGGACUCCAAAAACGACAUUCAGGGCUGGAAGACCACAGGCUUCCCAUGCAAAGACCACGAAGAAGAGCACGAACCCUGUCGCUAAGAAGGAAAUUCAUGCUUCCGUUUCAACAGAAGCUCCCAAGAAUGUCGAUACAACGUCGGACUCGUUAAGUCAUCAAAGUGUGGAAGACGAUAUUGGAGAUUUUUUGGUUCGCGAGGUUGAGGAAGUUGUAAAUGUGGAAGGUGAGGGUGCAGGUGAGGGUGCUUCUGAAGUACCAAAAUGCGAAAAUGAUCAGCAAACUGAUGUUGCAGACACUGAGGUCAAUAAUGGAGAAGAUGAUGAGAAACUCGAGUCUUGUAACAUCCCAGAAGUUUCGGAAGAAAUGAGUACAGAUUUGGAUGCUCAGAUUGAAGAAGCUGGAGAUAAAAUACCAGAAGAAAAGGCUGAGAAUCCACCCGAAGGAGAAGUGGAUAAUGGAAGCAAAGAUGAAAGCAAUGAGAGUCUCCAAGAAGAGAGUACUGUGGCAAGUGAGACAAGAAUUCAUGAGGUCAAAGAAGAUAUUAAAGGAGAAGAUGAGGAUACCGAAGACAAAGAUUCUGGCGUUGAAAACAAGAAUAUUGAGGACAACUCGGUGGACGAGAAGGAAGGGAAGGAUGGAGGAAGCGAAGGGCUUAAUUCCAAGGAAGGAGAAGAUGUACUUGGGGGUGGAGUAGAAGAAACAAAGCCAGUGGUAGCAGCGAGUACGGCAUCGUCGAAUCGCCAAGUCGGACAGGGUAAGAAAGAACCUCAGGCAUAUAAUGACGUGAUUGAGGAGACGGCGAGCAAGCUUUUGGAGAAGAGGAAGAACAAAGUGAGAGCACUGGUUGGGGCAUUUGAGACAGUCAUAGAUAAAGAAGCUGCCUCAUCCAAAUGAAACCGACAUUAUAUAUAUGUGAAUUCUCCUUCAUCAAUCGGUUUGACAUAAUUAAACUGCAAUACCUACGUACUAUGAGAUUUGACUAACACAAACACAUAUGCAAUGCUUGCGAUCGCAGAGUGUGACAGAAAAAUUAAGGGAAAAAAAAAUUGGAGUGAAGAUCAGAAGAAGUUGUUCUUAGAUAUGGACAUGAAUCUAUCUAAUAAAUUAACCACAUGGUAUGGACCGGACGGGGAUCAAGGUUGCUGGCCUAUGCGUAUUCCUUUCCCCAUGCAGUACUGGUAAAUUGUUGUAUUAUACUGCAUGCAUUUUAAUUAGAGUACGAAUCAUGUGCUUUUAUUUUGUUUUUACCUUAUUACUCAUGUUUUCCAUUUUGAUAUGAAUCAUGUCAUGAUCGAUCAGCAGUUGCAAAUUAAGCAUAUAUAUUGAUCAAUGGCAUUGACUUACCAUGUAAUAAUUUGUUAAAUUGAAAUGAUCAUGAUCAUGCCUUUAAGAAGGUCAUGUAUUCUUUUUGGGUA